UUUCAAACGGCAUCGUUUUGACCUUGGUGUUUAUGCCUUGGGUCUCUCACGCUUCCCCCACAUUCAAAACCCUUCUUUUCUUCCCUUCACUAAUACCCUUUGCUGCAACAGCUAUCUCGUAUAUUGUACCGAAUGGAAUGAUAUUGCGGGCUGUACGCUUCCGUUCUUUCGUUAACGAUGAAGAUGUCAUUGGUUCGACCUCUCUUGACAAGGCGAGGAUUCAGCACAAGCUCUGAGAACCUUGUUGCUUCUGUGCUCUUUGAGAGACUGCCAGUGGUCAUCCCCAAAAUUGACCCUGUAGUUUACGCAUUUCAAGAAUUCUCGUUUCGGUGGCGACAACAAUAUCAACGCAGAUAUCCUGAUGAAUUUCUAGACAAAUCUGAUGCAAGGGGAAAAGGUGAUUAUCAGAUUGACUAUGUGCCAGCACCAAGAUUCACCGAAGCUGACAAAAACAAUGACAAAAGGUCAUUACAACGAGCUCUUGAUAGAAGACUCUACCUUCUCGUCUAUGGUAAUGCACAUGGGGCUCCUAGUGGAAAGCCUGUGUGGCAUUUUCCUGAGAAAGUUUAUGACUCUGAGGAUACCAUGCGCAAGUGUGCAGAGUCUGCAUUGGAAUCAAUCAUAGGAGAUCUUUCUAAUACAUAUUUUGUUGGAAACGCUCCAAUGGGCCAUAUGGUUGUUCAGCCUACAGAAGAUCAGUCUGGAUCCACAUCUUAUAAGAGAUUCUUCUUCAAGUCUCAAGUAAUCGCUAAAAACAAGUUCAACAUUGCGAAGUGUGAGGAUUUUGUCUGGGUGACAAAGGAUGAAUUGAUGGAGUAUUUUCCUGAGCAUGCUGAAUUUUUUAACAAAAUGAUCAUUAGCUGAUGAUAAUGGAGGACAUUUGUUUUGUUGAAACAAUUGCAAAUUAUCACUGAAUGAUAGUGAAUGACCUUGAAAAAACAUCAAACUACCAUAAUGUUUCAGGGCACGUCUCGAUUUAAUGUUUUGAUAUCUAUCCUUCCAGUUCACCAACAAA